CUUCACAUGAGGGCGAUGGGGGCAGCCCUCGUCCUUGUGGUACUGAGAGGGUGGAGCGCAAGCACAAUGCGGUCGUUCUGCAAGCGAGACUAGCCAGGUUAGCCAACUUGUGAAGGAUUAGCUGUAAGCAACGCUGUGAAGGACAGCGGGCGCAGGUUUGCAUCUGCCACAAAGGGGAAAAAGCAUCUGCGAAAUUGAAAACAUUCUGGUAUCUCUUUCCAGGCCAUUUGCCGGCAUUUCAAGCUCUCAGCUCAUAAAAGUACCGCUAACCGCUGGAGGCCGCAAUUGAAAGCUGUAUCCCCUGAAGAUGGAGGCAAUUGCCACCAUGUCUUUCAGCGAGGCCCUGUUGGCUGCGCUGGGGCUCACUAUUCUCUACCUGCUGUGCACCACCCUUUGGCGCCUGACAAGGCCUCACAAGGGCCCCUUUGCGUGGCCCCUUGUAGGCGCCUUCCCCCAGCUCAUGUGGAACUACCAUCGCUAUCAUGACUGGAUCUCUGACCAGUACAGAAGACAUGGGGGCACACUCUUGGUGCCCAUUCCCUUCGACUCCCUCACAUAUGUUGCGGACCCCCGCUGCGUGGAGCACAUGCUCAAGACAAAUUUCAAGAACUACCCCAAGGGCGACCGAGACCGCGACAUCCUUCUGGAGCUGCUCGGGGGCGGCAUCUUCAACGCGGACGGCCAGGACUGGGCGGUGCAAAGGAAGACUGCAGUCCACGAGUUCUCAGUCAGGAAGCUGCGGGAGCACGCCACGCUGGUCUUUCAGGAGGAGGUGGGGGUUCUGGUCAAGCAGAUCGAUCAGGCGGCCGAGCAGGGAACCCCGGUUGACCUUCAAGACCUGCUGAUGCGGCUGACGCUUGAGACCAUUUGCCACGUGGGCUUCGGGAUCCGGCUAGGCGUCCUCGCUCCGUCCGACGGAUCCAGCGAAGCGUGUGAGUUCGCCAAAGCGUUCGACCUGACAAAUCAGAUUGUCGCGGAGCGGUUUGUCAGUCCGGUCAUCUGGAAGCUCAAGCGGCUGCUGAAGAUCGGGGGGGAGGGGAAGAUGCGGAAAGCUCAGAGUGCAAUCAACCGGUUCGCAAACUCAGUGAUCCAAAAGAGGCGGGAGGAACUUGACACGAUGAGGGGCGGGAAGAACGGGCUACAAAUGGUGGAGAAUAGCGAGUGGAGACACGGAAGCGGAAACGGAAACGGAAAACGAAACGGUGUCCUCGGGGUCAGUCCGGAAGCGUCCGACGAAUCCUCUUCAAACUCGGACGAGGAUAAGGAAAAGGAGGCCACAGGGGAGAAGCGCCGAGAGGGAUCCCCCUCACUGGACGCCACACGCACCGGCCCCAAGGGGCGGUGGACGCUUGUCGAGAACGAGGAGAACGCCAAACCUCAAAUCCCUACAACCCCAAGCAGCGAAAACUCCGAGCCGCAGGACUUGCUGUCGCGCUUCAUGUCGAUGCGGGACGGAUGCGGCGCUCCCUACCCCGACGAGUACCUGCGUGACGUCAUCCUCAACUUCAUCAUUGCGGGGCGCGACACGUCAGCGGGCGCGAUCACGUGGCUGUUCUACGAGCUGUCGAGGAGCCGCCGCGUAGAAGAGAAGAUCUUCCAGGAGCUGAUGGGCGUUCUAGAAGCGGGGCCUGGGGAAGGGGGCCGCGUCGCGGCGCGGCUGACGUUCGAGAAGCUGAGAAAGCUGACAUACCUGCAGGCCGCCCUGUCCGAGACGCUCCGCCUGCACCCAUCCGUGCCUGGGGACCGGAAGACCGCCGUAAAUGCGGACGUCCUACCGGACGGCACGCGCAUUGCCCCGGGACAGUUCGUGGUGUGGACGGCCUACACCAUGGGGCGCCAGGAAAGCAUCUGGGGCCCCGACGCGGCGGAGUUCCGGCCGGAGAGGUGGCUCGGGCCGGACGGAAGCUACCGGGCGGAGUCGACGUACAAGUUCACGGCCUUUCAGGGCGGUCCCCGGGUGUGCCUCGGCAAAGAGCUCGCCUUCCUGGAAAUGAAAGCGGCCGCGGCGGCGCUUAUCUACAACUUUCGCUUCCAGGUCGUUCCGGGUUACCAAGUCACAUACGGAAUGGCGCUCACUCUGCCCGUCAAAGGCGGGCUCCCGGUUAUCGUGACCAAACGGUGGAACCCUUGAUUGGGCAUCUGUCGGAAGGUCGAGUAACGGCGGCCGAAUUAGCAACUUGUAUUAGUGGAGUCUUUCUCGAUGAGGCCGAUAUAGAGCCUACAUACAGAGUGUAUGUAUAGACGAGCGCUUUGUACGACUUUCCUCGCUUGUGUCUGUGAUUAAGAGAUAGAAACGCUUCGACAUAGGAAUACCUUCAGUGGCGAUGGUGUAACGAUAGACAGGAGUGUACAUAAGUAGGCCCCAUCGGUGUAGCAGGUUCUCCCGCGUGUGCUUAUGCAUCUACUAAAGAACGGUCGAGAGGCGUGUGCAGUGUACAGAACGGAGAUCAAGUUGAAGACGUGUUAAUACAUCAAUUAGCUCGUGAAGAAGCUGAGAGGGGAUUUGAAUAAUUCGUGAGCGUCUCUCGACACAGGGUAACGCGCGGUGUGGAUACCCGUUGAGAGAGACUAGCAUAGUCACUCGAUUUGGUAUAGGGACAAGCGAUCCGGGGUUCAUCACAGCCGCGAUCGCCCUGUUAGUUGAUGAAGACCUAAUUUCGCAUAGGAUUUGACAAACAUCUAUGAAUAAAUUGUGUUCAGAUCGACACCUAUCGUAAAGAUCC